UGCAUGGAUGGACCUCCCACUCUCAGAUAUGAAGAGGGGCAGGGAGACAUGUGGGGAAGCUCUGCUUCAGCUGUGGCACAGAAGGCAGCACUCAGGACAAUCUCCAGCAUGGCCUGGGCUCCUCUUCUCCUCACGGUCCUGGCUCACUCCACAGGCUCCUGGGCCCAGUCUGUGCUGACUCAGCCGCCCUCAGUGUCUGGGAGCCCUGGACAGAAGGUCACCAUCUCCUGUUCUGGAAGCAGCUCCAACAUCGGAAGUACUUAUGUAAACUGGUACCAGCAGCUCCCAGGAACGCCCCCCAAGCUUCUCAUCUAUGGUAAUAAUCAGCGACCCUCAGGGGUUUCUGACCGAUUCUCUGGCUCCAAGUCUGGCACCUCUGCCUCCCUGGCCAUCACUGGACUCCAGUCUGCGGAUGAGGCUGAUUAUUAUUGCCAGUCAUAUGACAGCAACCUGAAUGCUGCUGUGUUCGGCGGAGGCACCACGCUGACUGUCCUUGGUCAGCCCAAGGCCACCCCCUCGGUCACCGUGUUCCCGCCCUCCUCUGAGGAGCUCCAAUCCAACAAGGCCACAUUGGUGUGCCUCAUAAGUGACUUCUACCCGGGAGCCGUGACAGUGGAAUGGAAGGCAGACGGCAACUCCGUCAGGGAUGGAGUGGAGACCACCAAACCCUCCAAACAGAGCAACAACAAGUACGCGGCCAGCAGCUACCUGAGCCUCACGCCGCAGCAGUGGAAGUCUCGCAGCAGCUACAGCUGCCACGUCACGCACGAGGGGAAAACCGUGGAGAAGACAGUGGGCCCUGCAGGAUGUUCUUAGGCCCCCAACUCUCACCCCACCCACGGGGCCUACAGCUGCAGAAUCCCAGGGAAGGGGUCUCUCCCCCAUCCCAAGUCAUCCAACCCUUCUCCCUGCACCCAGUAAACCCUCAAUAAAUGUCCUCACUGUCAACCAGAAA